AAACGUCGUCCAUGGCUGAUUUUAAUCACACCCCGCCUCGCCUAAUAUCGUUUUUUCUUUUCUUUCUCCUAAUAGUUGGGCUGGGGGAAGUUGGUGUCUCAUUCUCAACUCUCAACCUACAGCCUACCUACAGCAACAUAUAAAAGUAAUUCUGUGUUUGUUGUGAAGAAGUAGAGACGGCUCUGGCCAUGUAUGGUAAAUUAGGAAGAAGGCAACAUCUGCAAGGCCAUGGCCGCAGCAAUCGCGCCUCUCUUUUUAGAUUUUCUUCUUCCUACAAAAGCCUUGUUCGUUUCAUCCUUAUUCUUCUUGCUUUCAUCGCCCUUUUGCCUCCUAUUUUCUUCCACUUCAGGCUCCGCCGUUUCCAUCAGAUGCAAUUAAGGAGGUGUGGUUGGCUGAACAAUCCUCCCCUUGUGUGUGCUCAUGGUGGUGACUCAACUAACGCCUUCCCAAACACAAUGUCUGCAUAUUAGUUUGCUCUUCGUUCUCAAGUAGACUGCAUUGAGAUUGAUAUCUCUCGCUCUUCAGAUGGAGUUUUGUUUGCACUUCAUGACAGGGAUUUGCAGCGGAUAACUGGUAACAGCACUUCUAAAGUUGGGCACUUAAGAUCAAAAGAGAUAAAAGAAAUAGAUGUCUCUCAUCAGUCUGGUGAUUCAAAGAUUCCUACUAUUGAAGAUGCUUUGAUGUUGAUAUCAAGAUCAGUACGGCAGGUGAUUCUAGAUGCCAAGGUGAGGCCUCCGUCAUAUGAAAAGGGCCUUGCGAAGGAUAUUCUUUCCGCUGUUGAGAAGAUGCAGUGUAAGAAUUGUAUCAUUUGGGCUAAAAGUGAUAGUUUAGCGAGGGACAUAAUUAAACUCUCAUCGGAUGUUAAGGUAGGCUACAUUGUAAUGGUGGAUCCCAGUACCGGGGCUAGAACCAACUUGUUGAGAAUGAAAGGGGCCAGGGUGGUUGGUGUAUACCAUCCAUUGAUUGAUGGAAGACUUGUUAAAAUUCUGCAUGGGAGAGAGAAGAAGGUAUAUGCUUGGACAGUUGAUGAUGCUGAUUCGAUGACGAGGAUGUUGCAUGAGCAUGCAGAUGCUAUUGUUACUAGCAACCCCUCUUUACUUCAACGUACCAUGCAAGAUACGAGAACACAAUGUCUUGAAGAAGGUUUUUCUUUAACACGAUGAUUUUGUUGAUAUACGAAACAGUUGGAUCGAGCUUUAAAAGAAAAGUUUUGAUCAUGGGAAGAUAUAUUUGUACAUGCCCUAAACUACUCAUGCUUGGUUUUAUUAGUUUCAACUCUCUUUCCUGCUUUGAGGGUUCAUCUAUGUACUUUAUGAUUGGCAUGAGAUUGUUGAAUGAAUACAAUUUGAGGUUGAUCUGUAUAUGGACUUCAAUCAUGGGAUUUGGCACCAAACUUGUAGCUUAAGGUUUUGGGACCCUUUCAAUUAGAUGGCAUGUACCAUAGGACAAAAGUAAGUAGUCAUUCAACCACCUAGCAUCUAUACAGUGCACCUGCCUUGUUUGUUGA